CGCCGUCAGAAACAUGUAUUGGAGACUCGCUUUCAUUUCUUUGGCCUGCCUCAUUUAUUUAACAGGUAAUGUAUGACUGAUUUUUUUCACGUCCUAACUUUUAAUCAAACAAAAGUUAAGUAAGUAUCAUACUUAUAUCAUUGUCCAUGUAUUUAAACACAACAUUGUUUUUCACAUUUUGUUACCAGAGUCGGAGUCUGAUUUUUUUUGCAGGAGGGUACAGCUUUUCCGAUAGAAUCUGUGUAGCUUACAUUGACCUGGUUUUCUAAAACCGGCUUUUAUAAAAAUUUGGACUAAAAUAGUAAAGUUCAUAGUCACAUAAAGCUAAAAAAUAAUAAUAUUAAACUCAUGAAGCAGUAGCUUGGUAUCGCAUUUGUAGCUAGACUGCUGACCCAUAGAACAAGACAUUGGUAGCUAGACUGGCGACCCAUAGAACAAGACAUUGGUAGCUAGACUGGCAACCCAUAGAACAAGACAUUGGUUGCAGGGCUGACGAAUCAUAGAUAAGGCAUUUGUAGCAGGACUGACGAGUCAUAGAACAAGACAUUCGUAGCAGGGCUGACGAAUCAUAGAUAAGGUAUUUGUAGCAGGACUGACGAGUCAUAGAACAAGACAUUGGUAGCAGGACUGAAGAGUCAUAGACAAAGAAAAUUGUAGCAGGACUGAUGACCCAUCGAACGACAUUGGUAUCAGGUCUGAUGACUCAUAAUAAUAGACAGUUGUAGAAGGACUGAAGAUUCAAAGAACAUAGAACAAGACAUUGGUAGCAGGACUGAAGACUCAUAGAACAAGACAUUGGUAGCAGGACUGAUGACCCAUGGAACUAGACAUUUGGAGCAUGUAUCUCAGUCUACGUAGCCUUAAAGAUCUCCUGGCUCCCAAUCUUCACUCAAUCUCCGCCUCCAAAUAUUCCGACGUAUGCUGAAGAAAUCUCGUUUUAUCCACAGACGCCUUCGGUAGAUACAGACCCUACAGAACUCGUCUAAGGCAAUGUCUCGCGCGAGAGAAAGCGCUAUACAAUGAAAGAACGCAGUACCUAACCCAAAUCUCGGCAGUGAGAGACGAACUAUGGAAGAUCAAUGAAGCAAGGGGCAAUCUUUUCCACGGGGCGCUACAUUACGGCGGUCAUCGAUAUUACGCUUCAAAAUUUCAGUUCGAGACUGUGGAGACGGCUCAAGCGAUCUGUCAGUCGACCGGUGGGUACCUGGUUGAGCUGAACAAUGCCGGCGAGUACUACGCCUUCAGAAAUUACAUCAUCGGGCUCCAAUUAAGGGCAGAGAGCGUUCUUUUGGGGGGCACGGACCAGGCACACGAGGGCACAUGGGUUUUCCAGCACAGCGGGAGGUACAUACCUUAUUUUGAUUGGAUCGCAGGUGAACCCAACAACUGGAAUAAUGAGGACUGCAUGUCGCUGUGGUUGUCCAGAGGUGCGCGGAUGAAUGACAUCCACUGCUGGAGGGUUGGUCCAGUUGUUCACUUUGCCUGCGAGGUGCCUAGCUCGGCUGAUUGGUAAACGAUUAUGAAUUAAACCAAUCCGAAAUG